UCUUCAUCGUCUUCUUCACUGAUGAUCAUCGAUCAUACAUUCCUCCAUGAAUCUCUGCAAUCCUUCCAACUUCACUUCCCUUCCAAAACCCCACAAUUUUUCUUCAAAACCAAACCCUACUACCCACAUCAUUUAUCUACAAUCACGCCACAAUCGCCCCACAAGCAUCUCAGUCUUCUCUACUUCCUUCUCCGUUGACAGACCCAAUUGGGAAAACUGGGAAUCUACAGAUCCUCAAACACUAACCAAUAUAAGAACCAGACAUCCCCGAGAUGAAAGAGGAUUUGAAUCUACAAAAGUGAAUUGCGAAGUUGAAGUUGUAUCUUGGCGAGAACGUAGAGUGAAUGCUGAUAUUCUAGUUCAUGCUGAUAUCGAUUCUGUCUGGAAUGCUCUUACCGAUUACGAUAGACUCGCGGAUUUCAUUCCGAAUCUCGUUAGCAGUGGAACAAUUCCAUGUCCACAUCCUGGAAGGAUAUGGCUGGAACAGAGAGGAUUACAAAGGGCUUUAUAUUGGCAUAUAGAAGCACGAGUUGUGUUGGAUCUUCAAGAAUUUAUUAAUUCGGAGAAUGAUCGCGAGCUGCGGUUUUCAAUGGUUGAUGGUGAUUUCAAGAAGUUUCAAGGCAGAUGGUGUCUCAAAUCUGCUGAAAAAAGGUCGUCUUCAUUGACAAAUCUGUCUUAUGAAGUUAAUGUAAUACCGAGGUUCAACUUUCCUGCAAUAUUUUUGGAGAAAAUAGUUAGAUCAGAUCUUCCUGUAAAUCUUCAAGCCUUGGCUUGUAGAGCUGAAACACAAUUUGGAACAAACCGGAAGGAUAUCGUUACUACCAUUGUUUUACCCCAGAAGGAGAAAGAUAGCUACAGCAAUGGUACUGGUUUCGUUCCAUUACCUCCAUCUUCAAACGAAUCCACUUCCAAUUGGGGAGCUUUCGGAAAAUCCUGCAGGCUUGAUAGGCCUCACAUGGUUGAUGAAGUUCAUUUUCGUAGAUUUGAUGGAUUACUGGAAAAUGGCGGUGUUCAUCGUGGUGUUUUCGCAAGCAUAACUGUUAAAGCUCCUGUUCGUGAAGUAUGGAAUGUAUUAACUUCUUACGAGAGUCUUCCCGAGAUAGUUCCAAAUCUAGCUAUCAGUAAGAUUCUAUCUCGAGAUAACAAUAGAGUUCGUAUUUUACAGGAGGGAUGCAAGGGCUUACUGUAUAUGGUACUUCAUGCCCGUGUUGUCCUAGACUUGUGUGAAGAACUAGAACAGGAGAUCAGCUUUGAACAGGUUGAAGGUGACUUCCAUUCGUUCCAAGGAAAAUGGAUUCUCGAGCAACUUGGGAGUCACCACACGUUAUUGAAGUAUUCUGUUGAAUCGAAAAUGCAUCAAAACUCUUUUUUAUCAGAAGCAAUCAUGGAAGAGGUUAUAUAUGAAGAUCUCCCAUCAAAUUUAUGCGCCAUACGCGACUUCAUUGAGGAAAGGAAUUCCACAUUAAAUUGUUCGGAGACAUAUUCAGACAAUGAAACAAUCAGCUCGUUGUUUACACAAGAAUGUGAUCGUGUCGACAAUGAAUCAUCAACAAGACAGAGAUCUAGAGUUCCGGGAUUGCAGAGAGAUUUUGAUGUUCUUAAAUCAGAACUUCUGAAAUUCAUAUCAGAAAAUGGGAAGGAAGGAUUUAUGCCAAUGAGGAAACAGUUGAGAAAACAUGGAAGGGUUGAUAUUGAGAAGGCGAUCACUCGAAUGGGUGGUUUUAGAAGGAUUGCAUCGACGUUGAAUCUAUCGCUUGCGUACAAGCAUCGUAAGCCAAAGGGUUAUUGGGAUAAUCUUGAUAAUCUUCAAGAUGAGAUACUACGAUUUCAGAAGAACUGGGGUAUGGAUGGGUCGUUUAUGCCUAGCCGGAAAUCGUUUGAAAGGGCAGGGCGAUAUGACAUAGCGCGGGCAUUGGAAAAAUGGGGAGGAGUUCAUGAGGUAUCUCGACUUCUUUGUUUGAAGUCGAGGAGGCAACAAAACCGAGAAGCAAACAUGUCAUCAUCGAAAGAGAAGAAAACAACAACAUCAGAUGGUGGUGAUCAUGUGAAUGGGAUGAUGAUGGAUAAGACAAUAUUGUCUAAGACAUUUGUUUCUCAAGAUACACAAAAAUGGAUUAUGAAACUCAAGGAUUUGGACAUUGAUUGGGUUCAAUAAUAUUUAAGGUUUUUUUGUUU